AUGGGCCUGAUCAAGAAGAAGACCGCGUCGCGGGGCACCGAAGGCGGAGUCAAGUACGUGUGCGACGUGCGCAUACGCUGCGCCAGCGAUGUCUGCCACGAGUACGACCUCUGCGUACCCUGCUUCUCUGACGCCAAGUUCUCCCGCGAUCACGACCCGAAGACACAUUCAUACCAAGUAAUUGAACAGCACUCAAUACCAAUAUUUACCGAAGAUUGGGGUGCGGAUGAGGAACUAGCCCUCCUCGAAGGGGCAGAAACAUACGGCCUAGGGUCAUGGGCCGACAUAGCAGAUCACAUUGGCGGGUUCAGAUCCAAGGACGAAGUACGCGACCACUACGUAAACACAUACAUCAAUAGCUCCAAGUUCCCCUUGCCAGAGAGAGCCAGUCCAGAGAACACGGAGCUCAGCGACCGGAUACCGCGAGACGUGUUCCAAGCCAACAAAAAGAGGAGGAUAGAACAGAGGAAGGAAGACGCACAGAAUGCGCCGCCCGCCACGCCGAAGCAGAAACCAACUGCCAGUGUACCGGCAUGUCACGAGGUGCAGGGAUACAUGCCUGGUCGGUUGGAAUUCGAGACGGAGUACUUCAACGAGGCAGAAGAAGCCGUGCAGCACAUGCAGUUCGAACCCGGGGAUGGCGUCAACCCUCGGACAGGCGAAAUCGAGCCAGAGAUGGAACUUAAAAUGACCAUCAUGGAGAUCUACAACUCCAAGCUGGACUCACGAGUCGAGCGCAAGAAGGUCAUCUUUGAACAUAAGCUCCUGGAAUACCGGAAGAAUGCCGCUGCCGACAAAAAGCGAACGAAAGAAGAAAGGGAUCUUCUUAACAAAGCGAAGCCUUUCGCCCGAAUGAUGAAGCACGACGACUUUGAAAAGUUCUGCGAUGGGCUCAUAUACGAGCACAGCUUGCGGCAGGCCAUAUCACAACUGCAGGACUGGAGGAACCACCAGAUCACAGAUCUCAAACAGGGCGAGAAAUAUGAGCAAGAGAAACAGCAACGGCAGUCCCGUGCACCUCCGUUGGGCCAAUUUGAUCGCCUCGCGUCAAACCGAAUGAGCAAGCCUACGCCUCCUUUUGAGACACCUUCAGCGACAUCAGCACUCACGGCAUCUGAACUGCCUCUUCACCUACGCCAGAAGAACGGUCUUUCGACGCCCCCUCCGGACCAGCCAAACGGAACCAACGGCGUGCUAACACCGCAGCAUUCGAAGACUAAGUUCGUACCGAAGGCUCUCCCUAACACGGUGCCAUUGAAGUUUGGGAAGGAAGUAGCAUCGGAUCUGCAGCUCCUCACGCCGGAAGAGACAGAACUCUGUCGGCUUCUUCGCAUCUUACCAAAACCUUACUUUGUGAUCAAAGAGAACUUGAUCCGAGAGGCGAUGAAACAGGGUGGUUCGCUUAAGAAACGGACUGCCAUCGAGAUCGCCAAGAUUGACGAACGAAAAACGAAGCAAAUAUUUGACUUCUUCGUACACAGUGGGUGGAUCGCACGGGCGUAG